AUGUCUAACGCCGAGAUUGCGGAAUAUACCUUGCUAAAGAUCUGUACGCGCUCAGCAUUUUCCUACUAUUCAUUCAAUGCCAAUGAUAUCCUCAAUAUCAUUUUGGUCCCCACCUUCUCCCAAACACCCACCAUCAGGAAUGCUCUCAUCUCGUUGUUUGCCACGAGUGUAGCAGCUGAGUUUAUCUUGUCUGUUGCGAUGAUCUACACUCUGAAUAAGGGCAGGACCGCUUCGGUGUUUCCCAAGGUUAGUUACAAGUAUGCAGGACAAUAUCUGAGCAAUCUCACUGCUCGAUCCCAUUGA